CUUCCUUUCCUUCCCCUCUCCUCCUCCGAUCCUAUAAAGCCCGUCGCCUCUUGCAAAAGGAAUCCGGAGCCUUCCUUUCCUUUCCCUCUCCUCCUCCGAUCCUAUGAUUAUUCUGCUCGACCUCAAUCGUCGUAGCCAACGCAGCACUGCAGCAAUCCCAAUUCCCAUCUCCGAAUCCGCGUCCCAUUUCAUCCUCAACCAGCCCGAAUUCGGAGCCUUUCUCUAUUCGCUACCCUUUGAUCAUCCCAUGAGACUCUUCUGAUUCCCCCACACCUCGAACACGCAGACCUCGCUGGACAAUUGCCAGAGCCCUCUUGCUCAGCCGGAUCCCCAGGCCCCCCACAGCCAUGAAGUUUACCAAGAAGUACGCGACGUACAUGAGGGGGAUGGAGGCGGAGCUCCCGGCCGUGGGGCUCAAGCGCCUCAAGAAGAUGCUCAAGAAAUGCCGCUCCGACUCCGAGCACCGCUCGCCCCUGCAGGAUGUCGCUGCCUCACCCGGCGCCGGCCGGUGCCCCGGGCUUUGCUCUGUAUGUGAUGGGAGUUUCUUUCCAUCUCUUCUGAAUGAGAUGUCGGUCGUUGUCGGCUGCUUCAACGAAAAAGCCAAGAAGCUGCUGGAGCUGCACUUGGCGACAGGCUUCAAGAAAUACACCAUGUGGUUCACCAACAAGGGUGACAAGAGCCAUGGGAAAUUGAUACAGCAAGGCAAAGACUUGGUUACGUAUGCUAUUAUAAAUGCCGUGGCCAUGAGGAAGAUCUUAAAGAAGUAUGACAAGAUACAUUACUCAAAGCAAGGGCAAGAAUUCAAAGCUCAAGCUCAGAGCCUGCACAUUGAGAUACUUCAAUCCCCAUGGCUCUGUGAGCUGAUGGCAUUCUACAUGAACUUGAGAAGGAGCAAGAAGAACAAGGCUGCAAUGGAGCUCUUUGGCGACUGUUCCCUCAUAUUCGAUGACGACAGACCAACGCUCUCAUGCAACCUCUUUGACUCUAUGCGUGUCGACAUUAGCUUGACAUGUUCCAUUUGCUUGGACACAGUGUUUGAUCCAGUCUCUCUUUCUUGUGGUCACAUCUUUUGCUACCUGUGCUGCUGUUCUGCUGCAUCUGUGACCAUUGUUGACGGGCUGAAGUCCGCAGAUCACAAAUCAAAAUGUCCCCUAUGUCGACAGCAAGGGGUCUUUCCUGAUGCUGUGCACCUGGAUGAACUCAACAUGCUACUGAGCCACAGUUGUCCAGAGUACUGGGAGAAGAGAAUGCAAUCAGAGCGAGUUGAGCGUGUUCGCCUGGCUAAGGAGCAUUGGGAGUCACAGUGCAGAGCAUUCUUGGGCAUCUAGAUAGUGAGCUUCUACCAGUGGAAACUUGAUUCGAUUUGUAAGAUUGUUGUUGGUAGAUCCUGCUUUAUCAUAACUCUUUUGAUGAUAAAGUUGGAUCUACCCCCUGUUGAUAGAAUUUACCUGUAAGAGGUUCACUUUUGUGCGCCUAGCUUGGCUGCAGAAAGAGAGCAACUGUAGUUCAAGUUGUAAUUGCAUGUGUUUAUAUGUAACCCUCUUGAUUCACAUUUGUGAUUUUAUCCUAAAGUCUGAAGUAGUUCCAUCU